AUGGGGCAGUCUAGCAUUGAGCAACACGAUUCUGGCGAUCUCUCUUACAACUGGCUGUCUGAUGCCAUUCCUCCUGACAUAAGCGCCUGCACGGCCCUCCAAGAGCUCCAUUUCUCCUACAACCAGCUGUCUGGUGCCAUUCCCCCUGGCAUAGGCGCCCUCACAUCCCUUUGUUACCUGGGUCUCUCCAACAACCAGCUGUCUGGUGACAUUCCUCCCACCAUAAGUACCCUUACAUCCCUCGAAACUAUGGACCUGGAGAACAACAGGCUGGGAGGCACCAUCCCUGACUCCCUGAGUGCCCUCACCAACCUGAUCUACCUGUCCAUGGGCAACAACAAGCUGGAAGGGCCAAUCCCUGCCUUUCCCUCUCCCUUCACUAAACUUUACGCCCU